AUGGCGGCGGGAGGAGGCGCGCGGGCGGUUGUGCCGAGCACGCCGCUACUGAAGGACGAGCUGGACAUCGUGAUUCCGACGAUCCGGAACCUGGACUUCCUGGAGAUGUGGCGGCCAUUCUUCCAGCCCUACCACCUCAUCAUUGUGCAGGAUGGGGACCCCUCGAGGAAGAUCCAUGUUCCAGAGGGUUUCGACUAUGAGCUCUACAAUCGUAAUGAUAUCAACCGCAUCUUGGGGCCCAAGGCCUCCUGCAUCUCCUUCAAGGACUCGGCCUGUCGCUGCUUUGGUUACAUGGUCUCCAAGAAGAAGUACAUCUACACCAUCGAUGACGACUGCUUUGUAAGUCACAAUCCGCCUAUUUUCACCCCUUCCCGUUCCGUUUGAGGAUAAUCGUAGUUUUUGGUUCCUAUUUCCAGCGUCGAUCUUGUCGAUGGUUCGUCUUUUGUGGCCUUACGAUCGGAGUUUGGUGUGAGAAAUUUGGCCAAUUUCUUGUUUGUCUAUGUCCUUCGUUACGGAUUUCGACUUGAAAUUACGGAAUGUGCAUUUCCACAGCUUCAUCACAACGGUUUUUGUUAUUAUGAAUUAUUUUUACUCUUUGUGUGCUGUAUAUCCCGGAUCUGGUCCUGUUCUUAGGUUCGUACCUUCUCAGCAAUGGCCUUGUCAUAUGCGAUGGCACUGUCGUUGUCUGGAAGCAGCUUUUACUGGCAGUUUUUGUUAUUAUGAAUUGGCUUUACUCUUUGUGUGCUGUAUAUCGCGGAUCUGGUUCUGUUCUUGGGCUCAUCCCUUGUCGGCAAUGACCUUGUGAUCUGCGAUGGCACAGUCGUUGUCUGGAAGGCAAUUUUUACUGGGACAUGCAGUGUGAAUAACUAUUUGAAUGUUAUUAGCAACAAAGAAACGUAAAGAACAUCUAGGGGGGCUUCUGUGCUUUGGUAAUGCAAGUUUCUUUUUAAUAUUGAUGGAAUGGAAAUUUGCCUUCUGAUCCUGGAAAGAGAUUCUCACUGGUCUAGUUCUCAUUCUAGCAUCUUCGGCUGUGGGGUGGUUAAGUUGGCAUGCAUUGUGAUCUUCCAGUAGUCUUCGUCUUUGCAAAACAAUGUAAAUGCCUUUUUCAAGAUUACAUUGUUCUUUUCAUUGAACCUUGUUUUCGACCAAAGCUCAUUCAGCUUCUUGCCCACAGAAUCAGAAUCACGCAUAACAGUUACGUUCGCUUUCCGUAGUAUGCGAUUUGUUGGAAGGUUUGAGGAAUAAAUCGGCAAGCGGAGGGGUGUAAACUUUGAACUUUCUAUGACAUAACUCUUUUAUCAUUCUUGACCUUGGUCGCAUCAUCUUAUGCGUGAGGAGAAAAAUUAAACUGAAGCGAAGAAGAGGGAACUACGCUGCUUGGUACCUUUCACAUUUAACAUCACCUAUCGGUUUUUACUUCAAUUUGCAGUGUCUUUUUUGCCUUGUUUAUCAAAUGAUUUCGUGAUAUGUAGUGUUUUUUAUCUCUUCGAUCUUGUUCACGGAUUGUCAAUGGAGAUGUCUACUCCUGGCAUUAAGUCCUGUAAUCCUCUGCUUAUUGAUGCUAAACUUGGUAGCAAUCAGUUCCCAUCUUAAACCUCAAUAUUUUUCUACAAUCACUGGGAAUGAAGUUACCAUUGAUUUUUGUUUCUUAUCAUAUGGUUGCGUCAUUUGAUAGUGUAGAAUCAUUUUUACAUCGUUGCUGCUCUAUAUGGUGUGCUCUGUCCUGUAAGAUCUGUUUCAUCUCGGUUCCUUUUGAGCUCCUUUUCUCAAGCUUUUCCCUUCCAAUUUUAUUUUUUUAAAUCUAAUUUGUCCCCUGGCAACAGGUUGCCAAAGACCCAUCUGGCAAAGAGAUCAAUGCCCUCGAGCAGCACGUAAAGAAUCUCCUCUGCCCAUCGACUCCCCACUUCUUCAACACCCUCUACGAUCCAUACAGGGAGGGCGCGGACUUCGUCCGUGGGUACCCUUUCAGUAUGCGCGAGGGCGCCCCCACCGCCGUCUCCCACGGUCUCUGGCUCAACAUUCCAGAUUACGACGCCCCCACACAACUCGUCAAGCCCCUUGAACGAAACACCAGGUACCCACCUCAUCCAAAUCCCAUCCAACUCCCCUCUUCAACCAAGAGACAGCCUCUCAAAUCUCUCUCUCUCUCUCUCCCUCUCUCAGAUAUGUGGACGCAGUUCUCACCAUACCGAAGGGGACCCUCUUCCCCAUGUGCGGGAUGAACCUCGCCUUCGACCGGGAGCUCAUCGGGCCCGCCAUGUACUUCGGCCUCAUGGGCGACGGCCAGCCCAUCGGCCGCUACGACGACAUGUGGGCCGGCUGGUGCAUCAAGGUCGAACUCUCAGUCCCCGAUUCUCUGAACAUUACGAAGAUGAUGAAGAUGAACAUGAAUAUAAUUAGUGGUGAUGAUAAUGGUGCAGGUGAUAUGUGAUCAUAUGGGGUGGGGGGUGAAGACGGGGCUGCCCUACAUCUGGCACAGCAAGGCGAGCAACCCGUUCGUGAACCUGAAGAAGGAGUACAACGGCAUCUACUGGCAGGAGGAGCUGAUCCCUUUCUUCCAGAGCGCCGUCAUUCCCAAGGACUGCGCCACCGUCCAGCAGUGCUACGUCGAGCUCUCCAAGCAGGUCAGAGCCAAGCUCGGCAAGGUUGACCCUUACUUCACCAAGCUCGCCGACGCCAUGGUCACCUGGAUCGAGGCCUGGAACGAGCUCAACCCACCCUCCGCCAAAUAG